GUUUUGGCCAUCCAGUAAGCGAUUCACUCGCCUCACGGAUGUCUGUUGUCCGCCUCCAUGCCGCCGUUCCCAAACCUCUUACUACCAGGCAGGUCACGUCGGUGCAUCAACGCGGGCGUGGUGUUCGCAGUACCACCCCCGACUCCCGAAGCCACUCAGGUGGCCCCGAUGCGCACAGCAUAUCUGGCUUCCAUCGCUUGGCUACAACAAUGAAGUCUGGGCCCAUCAGGUGCUGUCCCUUGUCCUGUUCCCAGAUCAGGUAGGGGCGCAUACGGCCCACACGCCAGAUGCUGCCGUUAUAGUCGCAGCGCACGAAAGCUGGAAUUCUGUACGCCACCCGAGCU